UCAGAUCAGGAAUAAAACAAAAAUAAGAAUGAGUAAUGACUUGCCACCCCCUGACAGCAGUUGUGGAGAGAGGCAAGGCUGGGUCUCCAGACAACCAAAGUCAUGCUGAACAUCAGCAGUUAGAAUACCUCUGACUAAGCCCCACACUCCAUUAUGACAUCAUCCCCUUGACCCCCUCAGUUACGAUGUCACAGUGAGGUCAGCUAGACCGUUCCUUUCCAGUUGCCCUUAGUGCGACAGUGCCCAGCUGGUCAUGUCCUCUUGGGCAUCUACUGUGGCUCUGCUGCUAGGUUUGGCCUUGGCCUUCACUGAUGGCAGCCUGUACGAGGGCCACUCCCUAGGGCCGCCAUGUGUCCCAGGCCAGCCUUGCACAGUAGCCUUCAUCUCUAGCAACCCAGUGGUCCUACGCUGCCCCCAUGUCUACUUCAAGAUUUUUGUCAGUUGGCAAUACCUGGACCCAGCCUGGGGGAAGGAGCAGCCCAUCACCUUCUUGCGCUCAGGGGGGCCCCUCUGGCCCUUGCUCAGCCAUGCUAAGUUGAGGAGGCUGCGCUUCAAAUCCCAGCUAGUUGCUGGCAACCUGUAUAUCCCAAACCCCAGCGUGGAGGACUCCGGCUUGUACACCUGCCGGGCAGGCGAUGCCACAAUCGCCUACUACGACGUGGAUUUCCAGGAUGCCGGGAGCAUCCACGUCUCACAUGCGGGGCUUGGGGAGACAACCCUGGGCAAUUCCACCGCCGAGCUAGAAGACGGAGCGCAGGCCAAGCUGUUCACCUCCUGGAGCCCUUGGCAGUCUUGCGACCGCUGCGGCACUCCUGGAGAAAGGAAGCGAGUGGGUUUCUGUUACGCCCAGGUGACCCGGAAGGACCAGCAUGAAGAAGUACCACUGCCCUGCGGGAUGGUCAGGAGGAAGCACCCAGCGUUGCCCCAAAGGGGCCCGGAGCUGCGAGUAGAAAGCUGCCAGGUGCCCUGUGAUGCAUCUUACCUGCUGUCCCAGGAUCAGGCCAGCGCUGUUCCGCUCCUCGUCUUCACCACCUACCACCCCCAGCUCAAGACCAUCGCCCACCUGCGCUGCCCAACCUCUUCCAUCUACAGUCCUGUGUACUGGCAAGCUGGCCCCACAAUGCUGACCCGCCUCGAACUUCUCCAGAAGAAUAGCUCCCAGAGCCUGGACAAGGCCACCGGCGGCGGGAUCCUGCGUCUCUCCUUCCGGAAUGAAUCCCAUGGGGCUUAUUACCAGUGUUAUGUCAACGGGCACCUGGUGGGCAAGUUCAUCGUCGCCUCUUCCGGGGUCGUGCCAGUCUCUGGGGACCACAGCCACACCUACUCCAUCAUUGAGGCGCUGAUUGUUGGGCUCUCCAUGUUCCUUGUUUUCCUGAUGUUCCUCAGCAUCAUCCAGUCCUGCCGGAGGAAACCCGGAACCACCAUGGUCUAAACUGGGAUGCAGACAACCUCUUGAGCAUCCCAGAAAAGCAGGGCAUGGAUCGCUGACUAAUAAAAAAUAU